UGUUGGGCCAGAAAAUGUACUGAAGUUAACCUUCCGUAGGUACAAGUUGAUGUGCCUUCCAAGUUAAACUUAGGAGACAAGGUGCUGUAUGAGUGACAUUACAGGGCAAACAACGAUGGAGGAGCUACAAAGUAAGAUGAAGACGAGGGUUGUCCACAUCGGAACCUCAACGGACGAUCACCCGGUGGAACAAUCGGCUGUUGAAAGGGAUGGAACGGAGGAAGGGAGCAAGGUUAGUGAAGGGAUAGACGCACGGCUUCUGAAUCUUCUUGAUCGCGUCGAAGAGCGGCUAGGCCAGGAGGACAAGGUUACUGGAACAGUUAUCAAAACGCACACAGAGCAGAUCAAGAAGCUGACAGAGGUAGUCGUCGGGCAUGGUAAAGUGCUGGAGUCGUUGCUUCGUGCCCAAGGAAUAGCAUCGCAUGUGGCAGUUAAGGUUGGUAAGGACAAUGUAACGAAGGUCAGUCGGCGCUCAUUUGCUGUUCAGAAGAGUGAACUACCAGCCGUAACGAAGUCCAGAGGGAGAUCUAAGAAGAAGGACACAAAAGGAGAAGAUACUUUGUCUACAAGGGCCAAGGGUAAGAAACAUGGUGUAGCGGAUACGAUGACGCGCAAGUCUAGCAUCCCUCCGUUGAAGCUUGACUUUGACGAUGACGAGGAUGAUGGCUGCAAAAUCAAUAUCAUUCAACAAGGUCAUGGAACGCCAUUCACUUAUCGGACAAACAUGGCCAUGUACAUGGAAAGUGUCGACAUGCCUUCGUGCCUUGACUUAUUGUUCCGGCCUCCACUUGGAAUGGAGUUUGUCGGUUCAGAACUUGCCGUCGCAGCGUAUAUAUUUGGUAACGGGUUAUCCAAAAAGGAGAUCCUUGUUCCAAAUGAACAUUGUUGCGGCAGCAGGGGAGUACUUCACUCAUUGUUACCUAGUGAAGAAGUCGUGGAUGAUGUACUGAACCUUGUUGCCUCAAGGAUGACGAGUAGCUACCUCAAUGAAAUCGGCAACCGGUGGUGGCUUCCAACCACGUUUGCGCAAUUUGCCUUGAACCCCACUAAUCACUGCCCAGAGACGUUGGCAUUCAUCAAGAGCAAAUACAUGAAGAAGACUAAUGAGCUUGUCAAAAUCUACGUGCCCCUAAAAAAGGACAGACAUUGGUACCUGGUGGUCAUCGAUCUGUUGAACGAAGAACUGGUCUAUCUAGACUCAGCGAAGGCUGAGUCCGUCACCGAGCGAAAGGCCCGGCUUGACCAGAUCAGAUAUGUGGUUAUUAGUAUACGUGUUAAGUAAUUUUUUCCACUUUCAUGUGUACCUCAUUUCAUCUGUUUCAUGCGUGUGAAGAAAGGUCCCUGAAAUCUCAUCUUAUGUGGUAGGCCUUCUUCUUGGAGAACAUGUUUCGUGAUGGAAAUUUGUUUGAGGAUAACGAAACCGCAGCCUGACCCGCUCCUCGCAUGUCUGACUAUUACUUUGCUGAACUAGAAACUGGGCAACAGGAUCCUUAUUCCAAGGACUGUGGCAUUUGGGUAGCACAGUGGAUGAUGCAAGGACAUAUAUGGGGCGACUAUAACUUGCAGGUGGUCAACAAUGCAACAAGGAUGCGGUUAGCCGUGGAUCUUGUGAUGGGUAGACAUAAUGCCAAAAGAAAUGAAGUGACUCGCAUAGCUGAAGAAGAUUGGGACCGAAAGAUGAGGCGGUCGGCUCAGAAGGAUUCAAAGACAUUAGGAGAUCCAACUAGUCCCAGUGUGUCCUUCUUCUGAGUCGAGCUGUUUGCCAGCAUAGCAUGGUCCUCUGAGUUACCUCUUUUGGAAGGGCAUACUAACAACUUGUUAAGUUCUAUGCACAGAAGGCAUCCUUUUGAGAGUCUGGGUUUCAGUCUCAAUCAUGAAGCAACUCUACAAUAUUGGCGAUUAUUUUGAGUGAACGUAUUUUUUUGGUUUCACGGACGUGCAGCUGCCAAUUAUUCUGUGUGCCUAUUAUUUUGUGUGAAUUGUAUUUUGUUUUGUUAGACACCUUAGUGAUCAUCUGAUUUAGUUGCUGCGUACUUAGUUUCACUCCAUGCUAUGUAUUGUUUUGAUCCAGUAUCAUUUAGUUUCACUCCAUGCUAUGUAUAGUUUUGUUCCAUGAUCA